GGGUUUAUACGAGCAUCUACGGGUUUUAUACAGUAUAAGGCUGGCUUGACGGCGCUCGCUCUCGAAUUUCUUCACUCUCCGCCGGCAGCACACCGAAGCCCGUCGCAGUUUUUCUCAAUUUCUACGGCUUAGCGACGGAUGAGGUAGUGGCGAUUCAGCUGUGAAAAUGGGGAGAGGAAGAAAGUGCAGGCUUUGGUGGCCGAGUAAUCUCUUCUCUCAAACUCCACCUAAUUCCAGUUUCUUGUUUGGCUGGUUCAUUCCCUCUUCCGAAGCUUCACUAGAUAUUGUUAUCGCUUUUGCGUGCGAUGAGCGCAGACUUACUUCCUCAAUCACUUCCCGUUCGGAUCUCCAGGAAAUCCUUCAUGGAACGAAUAAGAAAAUGCCUGCACUUCUUCAAGAUAAAGGAAAUUUCUCUCUGCUGGGGUAUCUUGAAGCAGAUUUUAGUGGCAAUACCCAGUUGGUCAGAUUUGGAAAUGAUAAAAAUAAAUGCACCAACUUAACCAGUGAUCAAAGUCUAAAUACAUUUACGAGUAAUCACGGGAACUGGAACUGGAGCUGCGGAUGCCCCAAACAUGACGGGAUAUCAGAAGAAGAUAGACUUGCUGCUCUAGAAAACAUGUGGAUCAAGCUUGUAUAUGGUCUUUCCAAAACUCUGGAUGGAAGAGUUCUUCUCAUCCCUAAAUUGGAUCAUCUACAUUUGAACAGUGAAAUAAUGUCUGACCUAGAUCCCCACGUAAUAUUUUAUGAAAUACCCACUUUUGGUAGUCACCAUUAUUCCCUGGGUACCGACAGUAUGUCCAACAUAGCUGCAUCUCCUUGCAAGAAACCUAAAUGGUUUGACGAUCUUCAACAAAGAGAUCCAUGCCUUGACUUGGAUACUGUCAUCCAGGCAAUGAACAGUGCUAAUGCUGCUCAAAUAUUGUUUCACGGACAUCAUCAUGCGGAGUCCGGCAAUCAGUUCCUCUUUUUUCGCAUGUUCUCUAAUGUCUCAUGGCAACUAUUGGCUGUAUCUGUUGCUUCAUUUUCAACCAUCAUUUAUAUUAUUCUUCAGUCUUUCCAUAUUUUUUUUGGUUGGCUGUCCCGUGCACGUAUGGAUAUCAUAUUGGCAAAAGUUUUUAGCAACACCUCGAAGAAUAUCCACUUUCGUUCCUGUCAACUCUUGUAUUGGCCUAUCUUUCUCCAUGAUCAAAGUAUCAGGGAUUGGUCAUGUGUUGAGUUUGCAGAGAAAGCUGCAUUCCACAAGCACUCAAUAUGGUCAAAUGUUGUGGUUGAUGUUCUUCUAGGAAAUAUCUUUGGCAUUGCCCUGUGGUUUAUGGCAGAACCUGCUUCCUUAUGGAUUUCAAACUUUGCUCAUGACUUCACAAACAAUUGGUUGCGUAAUGGGUGUGUAUGGCUAAUGGGCAAUCCGGCUGGUUUUAAGUUGAAUACUGAGCUAGCAGGAGUUCUUGGCAUGAUUUCCCUCAAUGCAAUUCAAAUUUGGUCAACACUUUGGGUUUCUAUGGGUUCUCUAUCCGUUCAUUUCACUAAAGCAGUGGCUCUCUGUGGGAUGAUUUUUGGUUUAACUACAGCGGCAGCUCUAGUUGUUGACAUAAUUUCACUACUAGCAAUGCAUGUGUUGACACUUCAUCUAUUUCUUUCUCUUCUCUAUUCAACACAGAUACAGGCAGUAGCAGCAUUAUGGCGCCUUUUCAGGGGUAGGAAGUGGAAUCCUCUACGCCUCAGGUUGGACAGCUAUGACUAUUCUGUUGAGCAACAUGUAGUUGGUUCUCUCCUGUUUACCCCAAUUUUACUUCUACUACCAACAACAUCUGCAUUCUACAUUUUUUUCACCAUUUUGCAUACGGCUGUGAGCUUUAUCUGCAUAGUUGUUGAGGCUGCCGUAUCUUUUAUCCAUUCCACUCCGUAUGCUAAAGUUUUGCUUUGGUUGAAGAGGAGAAAUAGAUUUCCAUCAGGAAUAUGGUUUGAUGUCACAUUAUCCCAACAUUCUGAGACAGCAGCUGUUAAUGGUAGUAAUUCAUUGCCUGGGAAGCUGCAAGAAACAGCUUAUGCAAGUAGAAGUAGUAAAUUCACUAUUUUGGUUUCAUUUCUUCACAGCAAUUACUUGAAUUUAGGAGAGGUAGUCCGCCCCCACUACAGAUACUGUUAUUCAGCUUUUUCUAGAUCAUCGAUUGGCUCGUCUGCCUACGGGCUUCUCACUGGAAAAAGCAUCCCGCAUGCUCCAGGGCUUAGUUUCCCUCUGAAGUUGCCAUGGAUCACAAUCCCCUGGAAAGAGUACUGGCGUCUUUGCCGUGAUUCAGUUUAUGCUUGCAGGGAAGAUCUGUAUACUCAUUGACGUGAAUGACAAAGAUAUUGCUCUUCAUCCAACUUGGUUUUUCUCUUUUUGACUCGUUCGAAUGUGGGCGUUGCAUUGAGAUACUUUCUAUUAACUAGUGAAUUCAGGGAGGAAUGCGGCAUUCUUUGUAGGUGGAUGCCAUUUUUCUCGACUUCUGUAAGGACUCUUUUCCUGGUACUAUCAAAUGCAAUGGCUUCAAGUUUCUCCGUGUC